UCUAAUGUUUACAUUCGUCCUUGAUUGGGACAUGAGACAUUUCUAUGUACCGUGACCUCAGGUUAAAGAUAAAGGAUGAGAGAGAUGAAUACCGUCAUUGCCCACGAUAGGUUUUAUUGCUGUAGUCAUCAGGAUUAGACGGAAAAUCUGAGUAAAACUACGCAGAAAUGGACUUGCCAUGCUUGGAGGAGUUUCUUAAAAAAGCUGCAUUUGUGUGAUGUCUUUGUGGUUGUUUGUCUUCUGUAAUGUUGAUGAAACGAGGAUUAAGAGUGUGUUUCCUUCGUGCAAUAUCAUUGCCUAGGGCAUCAGUGAAUACUACGCCUCGACACAAUUUUCAAUCUUCAUUAACACAAUUCUACACAACAGUAAAUCCAGGGUCAGUAUCAUUGAACCUCACCAUGCCAUCAGAAAAACACAAGGAACUCAGGGACAUACUGGAUGCAGCCAUAUCCUCUGUUCUACCUUCAGAGAUGAUUGGAAGGGCCCUGAAGGUGGAAGAUAAUAGUUUACAUGUGGGAGGUCAGGAGUACAGUCUGGAUAACAAUGUUUAUGUGGUGGGCUUCGGUAAGGCGGUGGCAGGAAUGGCUCGGGCGGUAGAGGACCAACUACAGAACCACCUCAUUGGUGGCAUCCUUAGUGUACCACAUGGUCUAGGCCAAACUCUUAAAGAACUUGGAAAGAUGGAUCUUUGGCUGAGGGAAAACACCAAGUUGAAGGUCAUGGAAGGAGCUAAAAAUAACCUGCCGGACCAUGACGCCCAGGCUGCAGCAGUGUCCAUCAAGAAAUUAGUGUCCACCCUGACCGAUCAACAUAUCCUUAUAGUUCUUAUAUCAGGUGGCGGAUCCGCUCUUUUACCGUUACCAUGCCCGCCGAUAACGCUGGAGGAGGAGGUCUCCUUAACAAAGAUGUUGUCCCAAAACGGUGCUACUAUUAACGACCUCAACACCAUUAGAAAACACAUUGAGGAGUUAAAGGGCGGAGGCCUGGCCAAGGCGGCUCUUCCAGCACAGGUGAUCUCGCUUAUCCUGUCAGAUGUCGUUGGAGACAAACUGGACAUCAUAGCCAGCGCUCCCACUGUAUUCAACGUGUCGUCCCCUCAGAUGUGCAUGGACAUCUUCAAGGAACUGAAAGUCCAACAGCAAGUCCCCAAGUCUGUCAAAGAAUUCCUAUUUAAAAAGUCCGUCGAGUUUGCAAAGAUGCCGUCAUUAAAGAAACCAGAGGCGGGAUACACCACGCCAUGGUCCGAAUUCCAACAUGUCAAGAAUUUCAUUGUUGGAAAUAACACUAUGGCAACGCAGGCCGCAGAAAAUAAGGCAGAAGAACUCGGACUCCUGCCGUUUGUCAUGAGUGUGUCUCUGGAGGGUGAGGCACGCCAUGUAGGAGAAACCUUUGUAGAUAUCGCCCAAUACAUAGCACUGUUAUAUACUUACAAACCGUCACGUGACGGAGGCUCAAUAUCACUGGUCCAGUUAGAGUUAAAACUGGCGCAGUUUGGUUUUGAGAAGACAAUAUUGAAUGAAUUAAACUCUAUUACCAGGAAAGCUUAUAACUGUCGUAAAGGGGUCUGUGUCAUCAGCGGAGGUGAGACCGUUGUUAAGGUCAAAGGUCAAGGUAAGGGUGGGCGUAACCAAGAAAUGGUGCUGUCAUUUGGAAUAUGUUUAGAAAAAGCCUUUGCAGAGGAAGAGAAGUUGAAUAAUUUCUCCAUUGAAUUUCUGAGCGGAGGGACAGACGGACAAGAUGGACCGACAGACGCCACGGGAGCGAUAGCAGACGACAAAACGGGUCAGAGAAGUGCUGAACAAGGUCUGAAUAUGGUUAGUUUCCUGGAAAACAAUGACAGUUAUAGCUUGUUUUCUGAGCUGGACGAGGGUUCAUAUAUUGUAAAGACUGGCCUUACCGGGACUAAUGUCAUGGACAUACAGGCUCUGAUUGUCAAGCCUAAAGACUUCGACGACAUUUAAAAUGUUUCAAAGCUUUGUUGUAAAAAAGGUGCUCAGUGGUACAAAAAAUCCAGUUUUAAAAGUGAUAACUUCAGUGCUAUUUGACAAAUGAUAAAUCAAAACAUCAAGAUUAUUGAAUUGGGGUAGAGAAGGGGAAAGGGGGUUAGGGUUUGACGAACAGAGUGAAGUAAUAUUGUUUUUUUAAACGAUUGCUAAAACGUUUAACAUAGUGCAGUAUACAUCUGUCAAUGGUGGUUCAAUGCAUGCGAUAUGUUUUGUAGUGAAUAUGUUGUGAAAAAAAAGCGAUUAUAAAGGAGGUGGUCAUAAAAGCAAAGUAAAUUUACCGAGUGUAUUUUGAUUAACGUUCUAUUAAAGAAUUUUUGUUUUGCUCAUACAGAGAUGUAAACUAAGAUAGUGAAAAUUAAAUCUCAAAAAAAUAAAUGAAUCGAUGUUAUUUCAAAUCACGUUAAUAUUGCAUUAUAUGUAAAAUCUAACAAGAACAUUGUAGGGUAUAUGCCGAAUUUGGCCUAGCUCUUGUUUAAUGUUAAAAUUGGAACACAAAUUUGUAAUGGUAAACAACUUUGAAUGUUGUUGCUUGUUGUAAAAGAAGUUUGGUUUGAUUUUGAUAUGAUAUGGCAUGCAAUCAGACAACACAAUAGAAACAUAAUUGUC